AUGGCUCCAUCGGAGGAAUCUAUUCUGAGUAAUUUCCUGCUAUCUCCCGCCUCACUACCGACCAUCAUCUCACUGCAGAAAUUCACUGAGCAUUUCCCAAAACGCCUGCAGUCUCAUCCUCAGGUCAAGGUUUUGUACCGGGAGUUGCAAGAAUUGCGCUCUCAGGAUAUGGACAUGAUCACGGAAAAUAUCCUCGAUGAAGUCAAGGCCAGCGAACAACAAAAGGCCGACUUGCUGGAUGCCGCAAAGGCAUCGGGUGUCCACGGCUUUGGAGACGAUGAAAAUCUCGAGAUGAACCUCGAUCUUGAGUUUUUCGGGCAGACAUCCACGACCCAGGCAUUGGAACAUCAUUCCUUUUCAAGUCUACUUGCGGAAAUGGAGAGUUCCUGUGCGACUCUGGAGCGAGAAAUUGUGGUUGCAGAACAAGAAGUUACUUCUACUCUGACUGCGGUGAAGAGGACUGUCGGCGAUCUGAGCGAUCUCCGUUAUGGCAAAUUGAACAAGCCUGGAAUUGCCCCCGAGGAGUAUACCGGUGAAAUUGUCCGCGGGCUGCAAGGACUUCAAGAUGCUUGCGACCGCGCCAACAACAUAACAUCGUGA